AAUGAUUAAGGUUAACAGUUUUUCCUCUGUUUCAUCUCCCACCAUUAUUAUACACCACCCAAACACGUCCCAACUACAAAAGAAACAAUUUUGCCAACAAACAAAAAUCCCCCAAAUAUGCAGAAUAAUCAACUCGCUAUAGCAAGCACAAGCUACAACCAUGAAGGCGGUGAAGAUGAAGAGGAGGAGGAAUACAUCAGGGACAUCCACGCUCUAACGCCGCCGCCGCCGCCGCAGCAGAGCAGCCGCGCCGCCCGCGUGAGAUCAUCGUCGUCUGUAUCGUCGUCUGUAUCUAGCGGGAACUUCACCAGCAUGAGCCGAGAGUUCAACGCUCUGGUCCUUGCCGGAUCCUCUGUUCCCGACAACGCCGGCGACAUCGGACCCCACGACGGUGAUGUUCCCGGCGGCAACUACUUGGAGCGGAUUAGGGAAGAAGAGCCGCCGUAUCAAGAGACCAACCCUUUAGCGAUCGUGCCGGAUUCGGAUCCUCUGCCGUCUCCUAGACGUGCCGCCGCCGGUCGGGAGUCGUCGGCGUUGGCCUUGGUCAACGGCGAAGUGGCGGUGCAGAGGGUGAAGAAAGAGGAGGUUGACUCGAAGAUUAGUGCAUGGGAAACUGCGAAAAUUGCGAAGAUUAAUAACAGGUUUAAGCGGGAAGAUGCGAUCAUUAACGGCUGGGAGAGUGAAGAGGUUCAGAAGGCAACUGCCGGGAUGAAGAAAGUUGAGAGGAAGUUGGAGGAGAAGAGAGCAAAAGCAUUAGAAAAGAUGCAAAACGAAAUAGCAAAAGCUAGAAGAAAAGCAGAAGAAAGAAGAGCCUCAGCUGAGGGGAAGAGAGGAACCAAAGUGGCAGCAGUUGUGGAAUUAGCCAACCUGAUGAGAGCUGUGGGAAGACCUCCUGUCAAACGUUCCUUCUUCUAAACUACUUUGUUUUCUUACCAUACCAUACACAAAAAUAAACUGAUAUCACUACAAGAAAAGUGCACAUAGACCGCACAUAGACCAAUUUUGUUUUUGCGAUGGCCGCAUAACUGUCGUUAAAAACACCAUUAACCACACAUUUUUUAUUUACCACAUACAAAACUGUGGUAAAAGGUCAGAGACAACAGUUUUUAACCGUGACCGAUGUUUUUACCACGGCUGUUGUGGCGACGCACGUAAAACUGACGCGAAACUGUCGUAAAUGUUCCUCCUUACGUUUUUACGACAGUUUUACGUGCGUCGGCACAACAGCUGUGGUAAAAACAUUGGCCACGGUUAAAAACUGUAGUCUCUAAGCUUUUACCACAUUUUUGUGUGUGGUAAAUAAAAAAAUGUGUGGUUAAUGGUGUUUUUAACGACAGUUAUGCUGCCAUCGCAAAAAAAAUUGUGGCCCAUGUGCAGUCUAUGUGCACUUUUUUGUAGUGUAUGGAAACAUCACAUAUUAUUACCAAAAUUAAUUACAUAUAUAGUGUGAAGUGCAUUAAAGUGUGUGCAUGCAAAGUAUCAUCUGUUGGUGUGUGCCAACACUUUGUACAGUUUUUUGGGAUUCAAUUGGUUCACAUUAUGUGUUUUUGCAGCUUCACUUAUGUUCAGUUGAAAUAGGAAUUGAAGUAGCAUUUUUAGCUCAGGGGACUUCUGUCUCAUGACAAAGUAACCAAACAAUUCUUAGCUUACAUAUGGGUUCACUUGUAAUAUUGGUUCUUUCAUAUUAGAGUUUUUUGAGCAUAGAUAGUUGUGAUCGAAAACUAUAAAAAUCACUCAU